AUGGUGCCACGAGCGUACCCUGCACCAUCUGAUCCCACCACCACGGCGGUGCCGCAACACAGUAGACCUGCGUCGCCGACGAGGAGGACCACCACGGCGGUGCUGCAACACACUGUCCGGGCGCCGACCCGCACGGAGCCACGCCUCCCGUGGACGAGCAAGCUUGGUCAAGUCCGUCGCUGGCGACGGCUCCCCAUCCAGCCGCUGCACACGCUGGUCCUGUACUGGCGCAUCAAGCCCAACCACGAGCGCGAGCUCACGGCGGAGGCCGGCUUCCCGUCGUUCUCGAGCGUGCGACCGCACUACGUGUACAGCACGCCGUCCCUGGAGCACCCCGGCAUGAUCAAGAUCAACUACCACGGCGGGCCGCCGUGCGAUCCGGACGGCCACGGCCUCGUCUCCGGCGGCGUCGAUGCUGUGGAGCGGGUGGCCCGGUGGAUCGAUGAGUUCAUGCCGGGGCGCGUGGAGACCGCCAGCGGGCCGGUGGAGCGCGUGCCGUGCAUGUAUUCCAUGACGCCGGACGAGGAUUUCGUGAUCGACUUCCUCGGCGAUUUUGGCCAGGACAUGGUGAUCGGGGCCGGGUUCUCUGGGCACGAGUUCAAGAUGGGGCCUGCGGUGGGGAGUAUCUUGGCAGAAAUGGCCAUGGACGGUGAGGCGAGGACUGUGGCAGAGGCUGGCGUGGAGCUCGGUCACUUGAGGAUCAACCGGUUCGACGGCAACCCCAUGGGAAACGCCAAGGAUUUGUGA